CACUGUUUAUUGUUUUGCUGCUGGUGCAGACCCCCAAAGCCCGCCCUGGGAGCUGGCGGUGCUGCUAAUUAUUUGGAACAUACCAUACUGAGAAUACCAGCCUGGGGGGUGCCAAAACCUCAGAGCAGAUGAGAAAAUCCAUUGUGAGCAGGUGUCCCCCUCCCUUCCCCAUCCCCCGCCCUUCCGAGAGGCACGAGAUUCGCACCUGGUUCCUCCAGCCUCCGCCUCGGUGCCUCUGCUGUCAGCUGUCAGUUGCCCCCGCCAGCCCUCCCUCUCCCCUUCCUCCCACGGUCCAGCCCCGUCUCAUUUCAGGGGAACAUCCUCUCCCCAGCCCUCGGCUUGCCUUUGUUUUUUCUCCAGUCAUUUGCCCAACUUGCUUCUCCCUGUGAUCUGAGACGGGCGAGAAAAUGACCCCUACUCCCCUUUCUGUGAUUUUCUGGCCUUCCGCGCAGCCUCUCCUUGGCUCGACUGGGAAGUAGGGGAGAGGGAGGGAGGCGUGACGGCCGGAGGCUGGAGGAGUCCAAGCUUGGGGACUCGCGCUGCCCCGUUCCCCAUGCCCCUUGAAGAAGGUAUUUCAAGGUGGUGCAUGUCAGAGGGGAACCCGCAGGCAAAGUUGGAGGCAGACCUGUGAAGCAGACUGAAGGAUGGUCUCCUGGCGAGGAGAGCCCGUUUGCUGCAGCUGGAGCCCAAUGUCACCCCGAACUCAGCCCAAGGUGUCUUCCUGGGGCCCAGCCAGGAGGAGAGGACCCGGAACUGAAGAUAGUCUCUAUGGAGGUUUUGCGGAGAGACUGCCUGGCGGCCUUCAGAGAGAGAGGAACAGCUGGGUGCUUGUGGCCACUGCAGAGGACAGGGCGAGGAGAGCCUGUAUGCCCUGGCUAACCGGAGCCAACGCUGCCUCUUUUCUGCUUGGUGCCCUGGCAUUGCCAGAGUGCCCAGCUGGCAUCUCUGAACCAGACUUAACCUAACCAGCCACAGCGGGCUGGGAAGCCCCAUGGAGAAAGCAGCAGCUCACCUGCUUAUCAGAGCCGACAGGGGCCACCUCCCUCCUUAUCCUCUGCCUCCAGCACCCUCAGCCACUCGGAGGCUGGUGCGUGGGCAGAACGCAAUCUUCCUCAAGAUUCCUAAUCAGAACCCAGCAAUUACUUCAUCUUCAGUCACCCAGAGUCACUGCUGUUUGUCCCUGCCUCGGUCGAGGAGAAGGUGAUUUCUAUUUCUAUCUGGUUCUCGUCUGGGGGGGCCCUGGCCGGGCAGCCCCCCAACAUUUCUCCUGCCCUGAAACACGGCUCUAGCCAACCUGCUCCGCUGCUUCACCUGCGACCGUCUCUGCGGGGGCUGCACAGCGCCAGCCCCUCCAGCCCGCCAGGGCAUUGUCCUCCAGCCCGUCAUGCCCAGCUGUGACCCCGGUCCGGGCCCUGCCUGCCUCCCCACCAAGACUUUCCGCAGCUACCUGCCCCGCUGUCACCGAACUUACAGCUGUGUCCACUGCCGCGCACACCUGGCCAAACACGAUGAGCUUAUUUCCAAGUCGUUCCAAGGGAGCCAUGGCCGCGCCUACCUGUUUAACUCCGUGGUCAACGUGGGCUGUGGGCCGGCUGAACAGCGCCUCUUGCUCACGGGGCUCCACUCGGUAGCUGACAUUUUCUGUGAGAGCUGCAAAACCACACUGGGCUGGAAAUAUGAACAAGCUUUUGAGACGAGCCAGAAGUACAAGGAAGGGAAAUACAUCAUUGAAAUGUCACACAUGGUGAAGGACAACGGCUGGGACUGAGGGGCUCAGGCAGGGUGUGCCCUUCCUCCGCAUGCCCCUCCCUCCCCAUGGCCCUGCCAAGCAGUCCAUACCAGCAUGAGUACUGCCCCACCCCUGGGGGAAACCUGGCUCCAACCAACCCCUCCCCUGCCUCCACCAUAUCCACUACCAGGCACCCUUUGGAACAGGGGUCUGGGGGUACCCCAGGGGUGUUAAGGCUCAGGAGUGGGCAGCAGUCAGGGAGAGACAAAACUGGGGGAAAGGGAUAGUUGUGGGUCCUUCUGUUCCCAAGAUCCUGAAGGUCAAGGCGAAGGCAGGGUGUAGAUUCCGGCAGAAAGGAUUGUGGAGGAAUCCAUUUUUGCCCCACCUCUUUUUGAGUGAGCAGAGGACAACCUUGGGUCAUAGGGCUAGUAGACCGUGGGCCACAGAAUAGCAGAGGAGAAAAGGCUUGGGUUAGAGUGAAAUUUUGGUCUUAGACACCAGGAGAGACCAGAGUCUCUGAGGAUGAAGUUUCCCACCCCUAUUUAUAGGGGAAAGGGCUCAGGGGUACAGGGAAAUCUCAAAUCCCAGGCCCUGGGAAAUAGUACAAGAAUCAAAGGGGUUUCCAUUUCACUCUACUUGUUAGUUUAUCUUGGCACUGAAGAGGCACUUUCGAGUAUCUAACUUUUGCCAUUGGGUGGGGUGAGGACAGCUGCACCCGGAAUAGCCCCCACCCACAUUCGGCUGCUUCCAGAGCAAGCAGUCUUUAUGGGCUUUCUGAGGCCCAGUCACUGCUCCUGGGACCCAGUCCCCUGGAGGGGAGGUGGAAAAUCAGUGCUACGGGGCCAGUCUUUCCCGUGGCUGCCACCAGCGAAUGAAACUUUUGUAUGAUACAUAAAGUGCUUGGGUCUAUUUUUAAUAAAAAGGGAAAAAGCAACUGGA